AGUUAGAGAUCAUCGCUGUAUCAAAAUGCGAGCAUCCAGAGGAAAUGGAUUUUCAUUUUACUUGAUCUUUUCAUUGCUGCUAAUCUGCAAAUUGGAAAGGAUCUUAGGUGAUGUAAGCCCGGCAGAUGAGAAAUCGAUAGAGUCAAAUAUCGUCACAAUUUGGGAUCGAAUUGCAAGCGGAGUUAUAAACUAUCCCUGGAAAACUAAUAUCAUUGAGAAGGAGAGCCCAGAAACUACUAAGAGGAGAUCGGUUCUAUGGCAAAGACUAACGAUGGCCACAGUUCUUUAAUGGAUACAAGUAUUGCCUGAUUGAAAAUGUUAGUAAUAUGUCAACAAAUUUUUAUACAAUUCAGUGUGCUUGCUGUAUUGCAAAAUAAAAGAGCCCCUUGUUUAUU